AUGGCUCCACAAGUCGAAAUCUCCAUUCCUAAUACCACGAUAUCCGGCAGCGGAAAACCCUAUACCAUCUACAACAUCACGCUCCGCUUACCCUUACGGUCCUUCACAGUCCAGAAGCGCUACUCCGACUUCCUCGUCCUGCACAAUGGGUUGACGGACCAGGUCGGUUCACCGCCGCCUUGCAUCUUGCCUGCAAAAUCAUGGUUUCAGCGAACUGUGUCCAAUCCACAGCUGACGGAAGAACGACGGCGGGGGUUAGAGACAUAUCUUAAGACCAUCAAUGAAAUUGACGACUCGAGGUGGCGCUCGACAAGUGUGUGGAGGGCCUUUCUCAACCUCCCAUCCUCCUUCGCGAAUCAGACGUCAAGUAAGGCGGGCGCCCUACACUCUAUCAUAUCCGGUCCUGGUGGAGGAGGCGCUCCGAUCACAGAUCCUGUUAUCUGGCUUGAUGUUCAUCGUGACCUGAAGGCUCAGCUACAAGACGCGCGUCUGAACCUGACAAAUCGCGACCAAGCAUCCACGCCCCAGAAGCAACACGAAGCAAGUGCGGCUGCAAAGAGCCAUCUAGUCAAGGCAGGGUCGUUGAUCGCUGCUCUAGAGGAAGGUCUAGCCAAUAUACAAAAUGCUACAGAUGGAGGAUGGGGCGGACAAAAGCUCGGAGAGGGUGAAAUCCGCAGGAGAAAAGAUUUGAUCGCCUCAGCCAAAAAGGACAAAGAUGGCCUCGAGAACCUGCUUAACGCCAUGGCCACCAAAUCCAAACUCGAUAGCGCAGUUGCUUCCAUGCAAGAAACCCAACAUCUUAUUGGCAACGGGAACAAGCCCAAAGUUGGCGGUGGCAGAGUGCUCGGCAAAGAGACUGCUGAGACGCGGGAACUUGACAAUCAAGGCGUCCUCCAACUCCAGAAGCAAAAGAUGGCUGACCAAGACCUUGACGUAGAAGAAUUGCGCAAGAUUGUGCAGCGACAAAAGGAGUUGGGAAUUGCCAUCAACCAGGAGUUGGAGGUGCAAAACGAGAUGUUAAGGAUGGUAGAUGAGGACGUUGACCGCGUACAUGGAAAGAUUCAGAUUGCGAAGCGGAGGAUUGGGAAGAUAUCAUGA